GUUUCGUCAGUUACAUCACAUAAGAUGCCUUGUAAAUCGUAAUGAUGGCGAAGGUGGUGUUAUAUGAUGGUAGUCACUUUGAUAUAAAAGCUGGAGGUUCGGACGAUAAUAUGAAAAGAAGAUACCCUCUAUCAACUCAUAGGUUAUACGUCAUCACUUGACUUACAACUCUGAUACUCACUUCAUCAAAUAUUUAUUAACAAUUAUCACCACUAGAAGACAUAAUGGCACCCAAAGUUCUUGUCGUUUUAACUUCGUUCGGCUACAUCGACAGCGCUAAGAAGGAGACCGGCUGGUAUCUUCCCGAGUUCGCUCACCCGCACGAGAUCCUCGCCAGUAAAGGCGUUGAGAUCGUAACCGCAUCGCCUAAAGGAGGCGUUGCACCGCUGGACCCAGCAUCAGUGGAGCAAUUCAAAUCAGAUGCGUCCUCGGUCUCGUUUCUUAAUACCAAGUCCGCGCUAUGGCAACAGACAGCUAAAAUCUGGUCAUUCUUGGGGCGCUCAGAAGAAUUCGACGCGUUGUUUUACCCAGGCGGAUAUGGACCCAUGUUCGACUUAGCAACUAACACCGACUCCAUCGCGCUGAUUAAGGAGUUUGUUGCGGCGGGCAAGCCUGUUGCUGCAGUGUGCCACGGACCUAUUGCAUUCACGGGCGUCAAGCUACCUGACGGCAAGCCUCUUCUCGCUGGCAAGAAGGCCACGGGCUUUAGCAAUGCCGAGGAGGAAAGUAUCGGCCUGCUCGAGCACUUACCCUUCACACUCGAGAACAAGAUGAAGGAGGUCGGUGCCGAGUACAAGUCAACAGAGAAGGUGUUCGAACCAUUCGUGGUAGUUGAGGACGGCGGGAAACUUAUCACAGGACAGAACCCUGGCAGCUCAGCAGGUGUUGGCGAAGCGCUUGCAAAGGCGAUUGGUGUUUAGGGGGUUGGCUCUACGGUGAACUAGGAAGACUGAAGAAGCUAGGAAAGGGGGUAAUCGACGCUGACAUCAGCCAGCCGAGGACCUACUGACAUGGGAG